AUGUGCCCUGGGAUCUCUGAUGACUUGCUCACCAUUGAUGACUCUAGGAAGACCGCCAUCAUCGACAGAGAACUCACCAGAAUGGACAUUUGUAUCACCGCCCUCCAAGAAACUAGAUUAUCAUCUAGCGGUUCCCUAAGGGAAGAAAACUACACUUUCUUCUGGAAAGGGAGAGAGCCAGAACAGCCACUGCAACAUGGAGUGGGUUUUGCUGUUAAGUACACCUUGCUCGCCUCCAUCGAAUCCCCCACAGGUGGCACGGAGCGCAUCCUUACACAUCAUCCUAACUCAGCUGCAGGUCUCAUCACCAUCUUCAGCGUCUUUGCACCGACUCUGGGCGCUUUCGAUGAAGACAAAGACACCUUCUACGAUCAGCUGGACAGUCUGCUUGGCGGGAUCCCCAAGGUUGAGCCUAUCCUGCUCCUCGGUGACUUCAAUGCCAGAGUUGGGACAGACCAUCAGUCAUGGUCGUCUUGCAUUGGACACUAUUGCACUGGGAAGAUGAACGACAAUGGACAGAGAUUGCUAGAGCUCUGCUCCUAUCAUAACUUGUGCAUCACAAACACCUUCUUCCAGUCUAAACCCCAGCACAGGGUGUCAUGGAUGGACCCCAGGUCCCGUAGGUGGCACCAACUCGACCUUGUGAUCACUCGACGCUCCCUGCUGAGCAGCGUACUAGGAACACGCAGCUACCACAGUGCAGACUGCGACUCAGACCACGCCCUAGUAUGCAGCAGAAUGAGAUUCCUCCCCGCAAGCUACAUCGCUCCAAACCCCCAGAAGGAGGAAAAGAAUCCUGACUGGUUUAACGCCAACCUCCAAGAACUUGAACCUGUCCUUGCUACCAAGCGCUCAGCUCUUCUCGCCUACAGAAAGUCACCAUGCGAGAAGACGCUCUCAGCUUUGAGGACGGCACGAAGCAAUGCCCAACGUAUAGCCCGACGCUGCGCCAACGACUACUGGCUGCAGCUGUGCGAGAGCAUCCAGCGCUCAGCCGACUGUGGAAAUGUGCGUGGCAUGUACGAUGGCAUCAAAAAGGCAGUUGGCCCCACGGUCAAGAAGACCGCCCCACUCAAGUCCUCCACAGGGGAGACGAUCACUGACCGCAACCACCAGAUGAGGAGAUGGGUGGAGCACUACUCAGAGCUUUACUCUAGUGUAACUGUUGUCAUCGAAUCCGCCAUCAACGCCAUCAGUGACCUGCCCGUAAUGGAAGAACUUGACGCCAUUCCCACUGUUGAUGAACUUGCCAAAGCAAUCGACUCGCUGAGUGAUGGCAUCCCACCUGAAGCCAUCACAUGCGAGAAGACCACCCUACUCCAGCCACUGCACGAUCUUCUGCUUUUGUGCUGGGAGGAAGGAGCAGUGCCACAAGACAUGCGAGAUGCAUCCAUAGUCACCCUUUAUAAGAACAAGGGCGACCGGAGUGACUGUAACAAAUACAGAGGCAUCUCUCUGCUGAGCGUGGUUGAAAAGGUCUUUGCUCGCCUAGCCCUAAACCGUCUCCAGACCCUUGCAGCAAGGAUCUACCCCGAGUCUCAGUGUGGUUUCCGCUCCGGCAGAUCUAUCACCGACAUGAUCUUUACUGUACGCCAACUCCAAGAAAAGUGUAAAGAACAGGGUAUGCCUCUUUACUUGGCCUUUAUCGACCUCACUAAGGCUUACGACCUGGUCAGCAAACCCGGACUGUUCCGCAUUUGGAGAAGAAUGGUUGCCCUCCCAAGCUGCGCAACAUGGUGA